AUGAAUAAAGAAUCACAAUCAAAAUAAUAUUGGCAUCAUUUUAUUGCUGGUUUAGUUGGAGGAUUCAUCAGUGUAACUGUAUGCCAUCCUUUAGAAGUAGCCAGAAGCAGAUUGAACCUUCAAGUAAUGAAUUAACCAUUUUAAGAAUGCUACUAAAUCUGUAAACAAAUAUCAAGGUUUCAUUAACACACUUUACGUUAUCUAAAAAGAAGAGGGUUUUGCAGGUUACUACAAAGGUAAAAAUGCAUCAUCAUGUAAAAGGGUAUCGAGCAACAGCAAUAGCUAAUCCGAUUUUUCAUUCACUUUUCUUCCCCCUUUAUAAAUGGAAUAAGAAAAGUUUAGAAAUCUCAUAUGGAAUAAAUGGUUUCUAGAAUCACCUUUUGGCAACCAUCAUCACAGGGUUUGUUUGCGAUUUAAUUACAAAUCCUUUAUGGGUAUAUUAAUGCAAUUAACUCUUAUUAAAAGUUAAUCAGAACUAGAAUGUAAACGUAAUACUUACAUGAUCAAAAUAAUGCAAAGUAUACAUCUGUUUUUAGAGGAUUGAUCACUUUAUAAAAAGAAGUAAUGAAUGAAAUAAGGGUUUUAGGAAGGUUUCCUUGCUUUGUACAAAGGACUUGGAGCUACAGUGUUGGGUCUAUCCCACGUAGCAGUAUAGUUUCCAAUAUACGAGAGAUUAAAACAAAAUUAUACUGAUAAGAAUGGUUAGCUUUUGCCAACUGAUAUUCUUAAGGCUUCAAUAUUAUCAAAGUGUAAUAAAUACAUCUAUGUAUAGUAAUUGCUGUUUUGGUAACCUAUCCUCAUGUGGUUAUACGAACUAGAUUACAUGAUAAUAAAACUGUAUAUAAAAGUGGUCUUAAAUCAAGAGUUAGAAUUAUUGAUAUUUGUAGAGUCAUAUAUGAAUAGGAUUCGAUAAGAGGGUUCUAUAAAGGCUUAAUACCAGAUUUAAUAAGAGUGUUACCUACAAAUAGUAUAACAUUUCUUGUUUAUGAACUCUUCAGUCAAUACUUAGGGAAGCAUUUUUGAAUGGAUUAAGCGCAUUUAAAUAUGUAUA